AUGUUUCUCAUGCGCAUGGCCGCCUUGGCCGUCAUCACGACCGGCGUCCUUAAUCUAGUACCUUCUACAGCCGCCGUUGCUAUCAAGGGUACGGGUUCUCUCUCUUCGUCUCAGUUCAUGCAAGAGACCGUCCUUCGCGACGUGAUUGCCGACUCGACUGCUGGACAUGUCAAGCAGCGCCGCGACGCCGUUCACCGUUGCUACGAGCCUGCCUCGGAAGUUGGCGAAGUCCCCUCUGCCGAUGACUGCCUUGGCGCGAUCAAGCAACUCCGAACCGUGCAAAAUGAUAUCACGGUCAAACUAGUUGAGGGUUGCUACCACGCCGUGUCUGGCAACUGCACCGCCUCCGUCUGCCCCCAGCGCAUCGGUACCUCGACUAUCUCCCCUGCGCUUGCCGCUCAGUACCUUUCCGACUCGGUGAUGAGCGAGUGCAUCUCGAAGGGCCAUCGCGGCUGCUGCUACACGUACGUGCACAUGCAGCGCCCGCGGGACGCCGACAUGUUCGAGGACUUCUGCAAGGACAAGCUGCCCGACGACGACAUCUACGUGCCGCCGCAUCACCAGCCCAUCAACCCGGAGGACGAGGACGACGUCGUGCCCGACCAGCACGCCGCCUUCGGCAUCCAGAAAGCUACCCAGCGCAGCAGGGAGGCCGCUUGGAAGGAUUUGGGGCUUGCUGAGCUCAUGGGUAAGGGACCUGCGGUGGGGAAGUCGGGGGGUGCGGGUCGAGCUUCGUAUAAGGGUCUGCCGCGAUGA